UGCUUAAUUGACUUCCACCAGAUACGCUGUACGAUACCUCUACAUCACAUUGAAGUUGGACUGUAGAUGUACUAGUAUCUAUAGGUGAUUGAUGUGUUGGCCUGAGGCCUGUACCCAGGACCCUAGAUUUACCUGUGAUUUACCUGAUGUGCACCUAAUGCUGGUACUAUAAGUAAUAUAUAUCAAUCCCCAGCUAAUGUUUGACACUGGCCAGGAAUGUCUGCUGAUAUCCUACAGUAACAGCUGUCUUAAUCAAUAACUCCUCGUCACCUUAGUAAAAGACUGACACAGCUGUAGGCAACUAUGGGAAACAAAAGUGGUAAGCAGAAGAAAAAGGAUAAGGAGACGAAGAACAAAGAGGAGGGAGAACAAAAGGUAAACGGUACGGCUGAGGAGAAGCCUGCUGAGGAGGCUGUCAGUGACACACCUGCAGAGAACACUGAAGCAGCUAAUGAUAAUGAGAAUGAAGGUGAGAAAGGCGGUGGGGGUGAUGGUGGUGGGGAGGCAUGUCAGGAGGAUAAGGCUGGGGACCAGGCACCAGAACAAACUAUUACUAACACUAGUGAAAUAAAGGCUGACAGUGACAGUAGUUCACCAGCUCCUGCGAGUGCAGGAAAAAGUGAACCAGUACAAAGUGUAGAUAAUAGUAAUUCUGAUACAAAGGAGGAAGUGAGUCCCCCUGUACAGACAGCGUCUGCUCCUGUAGUAGAAAGUAGUGAAACUGAGAAAGUGGUAGAGGCAACAAAAGAUGAAUCAGUUAGUGAAACAAAACCUGCUGUUAUGGAAACAGCUGAACCUAAACAGGAAACAAUAGUAGCAGUGCAGCCUCCUACACCAACGGAAGAGGAACUACCAGAGGAGCCACCAUCUCCACCUGCACCUUCGGAAGAGCCACCAGCUCCACCGGCACCUGUGGAGGAGCCACCAGCUCCACCUGCACCAGUGGAAGAGCCACCA